AAAAGCUUGAGCUAAGCCUGCGACCAGCAAGAGUUACAGUUGAAAAAAGAGAAUCUAUAAAACCGAAAAGGCCUAGCCGAACUCAGAGUCAGUCUGUAGCAUCUCUGUUUUACAGGCACAAACUACAGCAAGGAAUGUACUAGAUACAGAAAAGUAGCAAUUACACAACAAAGACAAAAGCAAAAGCCAUGUUUGAUUAGCAGAGAUAAGGCGGUUACACCACCACAAGUUUUUACCCUUUUCUUGGUCGCCAUGAUGAAAUUCACUCCCUUUUCCUGCUUAAAGCACAGGGCCAUUCUUUUUUGACCUUCUAAACCUUUCUCAGAUCAGCCAAUGAAAUUAUAUAUCAACCAACCAAAGUCCCUGUUUAACUAAAAAGGAAAAUAAGGAAAGAAGGAAAAAAUAAAUAAAAAGAAACACUUCCAAAUCUUCAAGCAAAAUGGGUUCUAUAUUUUGGCUUGUUUGAUGCUGUAGGAGGGCCUCAUUCUUCAUGGAACUUGUUUUCGGCAAAUGGGUAUUUGCAUUUUCACUUUCUUGUUGGGCUAUCUUAGCCGGAGUAUACUCAGUGGAAGGACUGAGAGAAGAUUCUAAAGUUAGAGGAGUGAACUUGGGAGGUUGGUUGGUUGUGGAAGGUUGGAUUAAGCCUUCACUAUUUGAUGGCAUUCCCAACGGCGACAUGCUUGAUGGUACGGAGGUUCAACUUAAGUCAGUAAUAUCGCAGAAGUAUUUGUCCGCUGAGAAUGGGGGUGGCAUGGGUGUUACAGUUGAUAGAGAUGCUGCUUCUUCAUGGGAGACCUUCAGGUUAUGGAGACACUCUGAAUUAGAAUUUCAGCUCCAUACUUCUCAGGGCCAGUUUCUAACAUGUGAUGGUGAAGGGUGCUCAAUCUCUGCAACAGCGAACUCAUCUUCAGCAGGGACUACAUUUUUUAUUGAGAGAAAUAACAACAAUAGAGUUCACAUAAAACUUAAUAGUGGCACCUAUCUACAGGCUUCAACAGGGAACCAGCUUAGAGCGGACUAUCCAGGGAAACCAGGAUGGGAUGAUAAUGCAGCCACAUUUGAGAUGACCGUUAUAGCAAAUAACUUGCAUGGAGAUUACCAACUUGCAAAUGGGUAUGGACAUAGCAAGGCCAAAGAGAUUCUAAAGAAACAUAGAAACACUUUUAUUACAGUAGAAGAUUUCAAGUUUCUCUUUAAACAUGGAAUAAACACUGUGAGGAUCCCUGUUGGUUGGUGGAUUGCUUUCGAUCCUGAUCCUCCAGCUCCAUUUAUAGGAGGAUCCUUGGAAGCUCUAGAUAAUGCAUUCUCGUGGGCACAAGCCUAUGAUAUAAGAUGCAUAAUUGACCUACAUGCGGCUCCUGGCUCUCAAAAUGGCAUGGAACAUAGUGCCAGUAGAGAUGGUACAACAGGCUGGCCUACUUCUGCUGACUACAUCUCACAAACACUGAAUGUUAUAGACUUUCUAGCUUCAAGGUAUGCAAGACAUCCUGCCUUGCUGGGAAUUGAGCUUCUAAAUGAGCCAUCUGCUGCUUCAGUUCCUUUGGAAGUUUUAGUUCCAUAUUAUAAACAAGGCUAUGAAAUUGUUCGCAAGUACUCACCAAAUGCUUAUGUCAUCAUCUGCCAAAGAAUUGGCAAUGCCGAUCCACUGGAACUUUACCAGGCUAAUAUAGGCUCUCAUAACAUUGUAGUUGAUUUGCAUUACUACAAUCUUUUUGACACUUUCUUUGUCAAUAUGAGCUCCGAGGAUAAUAUCCAAUUUAUAUACAAGAGCAGAGAAGCGCAGCUACAGGCUCUAAACAGUGCUAAUGGUCCACUUAUUUUUAUAGGCGAAUGGGUGAACGAAUGGAAUGUGACAAGUGGAUCGCAGACAGAUUAUCAAGAUUUUGGAAAGGCUCAGCUUGAGGUUUAUGAUGCAGCUUCCUUUGGAUGGGCAUACUGGACUCUCAAAAAUGAUAGGAAACACUGGGAUUUUGAAUGGAACAUUAGGAACCGUUAUCUCCAAUUUGGUAAUUCACCAGCCAAGGAAAUUUUCAACAGAGUAGCAUUGCUUGGAUUGGUCUCUACUUGCUUCUUUCUGCAUCAUUUAAUUUAAUGGAACAGACAAGAGUUGAUAUGAUCCAGAGAUAAAGAGGAAAAUCUACAAGCGGAUUUCUUUCUUUUUCCCUUGUUUCCUUUAUGUUCUUCUUGGACAACAUUUCAUUCAUACUGCAAAUUUGCAGGGUCAGUAAUAUCUUACCAUAAAUGCCAAUCAGCCUGUAAAAAACAUGGAACUAUUAAAUUCUUAUCCUCAAUAAUAUACAAAGGGGAAUAAAUUUUUUCA